AUGCAUGCAACCAUGGCCGACCCGAUAGACUGGUACCCGGCCCGCAUCCUGCAGCCCCGGGCCGACAGAGACGAGGGAUCCAACACCCCGGUUAGACCCAAUCAAUUUGCCCUCAUCAUCCUCAACCAACCACUUCGGGACGUGUCAACCCUAAAGACGCUGUGGAAGAACUCAUCCUUGAGAGUCGCAGCAGAUGGCGGCGCAAACCGUCUCCUCGACGUCUGUCAAAAUGACGACGGCAGCAGUGUUUUCGACAACCUCGACGCCAUCAUAGGUGACCUAGACUCUCUCACCACACAAGCACGGCAACACUUCACCACACGUGCCAAGCCGGCGAAGAUCGUCCACGACCCGGACCAGUACUCAACCGACUUCGGCAAGGCAGUCAAAUGGAUCCGAGCAUCGGCGACGCCUUCGCCUGAGGCCGGUGCAGGCGCCGCACCACCUGACAUCGUGGCCAUGGGCGGCCUAGGCGGGCGCGUGGACCAGGGCCUGAGCCAGCUGCACCACCUGUACCUCUUCCAGACGUCGCCAAGCUACGCCGAGGGGCGCCUGUUCCUCGUCAGCGGCGAGUCGAUCACGUUCCUGCUGAAACCGGGCAAGCAUCGGAUCCACGUGAGGGAGCGGGACGGGAACGGUGAGAGGAGGGGGGACGUGUUUGACAAGUACGCGGGCAUCGUGCCCGUCAAGCAGCCGAGCGUCAUCACGCUGAGGGGUUUCGAGUGGGAUGUGACGGACUGGGAGACUGAGUUUGGGGGGCAGAUGAGCACGAGCAACCACGUCUUGCCUGAGACGGAGGCGGUGGAGGUUGAGACGACGAAGGAGGUCUUGUUCACUAUCGCGCUGAAGAGGUAG